GCUUGCGUCGGUCAAAUAACCUAAAAAACUAAAAUAUUGGCAGUUUUUGAUGCGAUAUUCUAACAUUUUGUUGCAUUUGAACAUUCAGUUGUAGUGCUUGGCGAUUAGAAAUAUUUUCUAAGGUAGUUGAAAUUGUUUUUCCAAAGAGAAGUCUUGCAAAUUUUGGUCAUUUGGUCACGAUGCCAAAGUGUUUUGUGCCAGGAUGUGAAAAUACAGUAGGUGUACUAUUUCCCAAAAACGCAGAAGUAAAGAAGAGAUGGCUAAAUUCUCUUGAGCUUGUAAGCAUAGAGCCUGAGUCUAAUAGCUUUGUUUGUCUUGAUCAUUUUGAAGAUGAUUCUGAAGGGAAAAUCGGCGCUCUGCCAACUCGCAAGCCACCAAAAGAGCCUCCUUCCAUGAAAGAAAUUUCAAAUAUUGUGGUAAGUCAAGUUAAAACAGAUGAGCAAUCAACUAUAAAGGUGAAAAAUGAUCCAGAGAUGAAAGAGUCCAAUGAUAAUCAGUGCCGAUUGUGUUUAAAGGUUAGUGAAAACUGGACCAAUAUAAAUGACAAGAUUGAUGAAAAGUACACCGUUAGCGAUGCCAUAUCCAUAUGUCUUUUCCCUGUUUUCGGCAAACAGGGUCUGUCAGAGAAAAUUUGUUCGGCAUGUUUGAGCAAGCUAACUGAUUUUCUGCAGUUCAAACAAGUUUGUGUUAAAAAUGAUAAGGAACAAAAAAGCUCAAGUGGAAUGAUGAUCAAUGAAUUUGAAGAAUUCAGCGAUGACAUGUUAGAUGAUAGUUCAGAUGAUGAAUAUUUCACAGAAACCUUUGGAAAUGAAGUACCCAAAAAUAAUAAGAGAAAAAAUGGAGAACAAAGUGAGGAAACACCAAAAUCUAAGGUUGCAAGGAAACAAUCAAGUGGGAAUGUGAAAUCUGAGGUUGAUGAAAGAUUUGACAAAGUUGAAGAAGAGCUCUUAAAGGUGCUCGAAGGUAAUUCUUCUGAAAACACCGCAAAUCAUGACAUUUCUACUAUUGAACAAAACGAUGAGGAUCAGACAGAUGAAUGUGAGGAAAUAAUACUGGAAGUUGUCAAUGAGGAAGAUACACAAGGCUACAAAUUAACCUCUACUACUUUGCCAAUAAUAAUUAAGCCAGUUUCUAAUACCACCAAUAAAAAAUCACCUAAUAGUACAGAAAAGAAGGACAAUAAGCUUAAAGCAGUGAAAACUUCUAAAAGUGAUGUUGUAAUGUUGCCCAGUAGCAUAAAAGUGGAGGUUAAACAUCAGUACAAAUCACCUCUUGGAACCUUUGGGUGCAUAAUGAAGCCUUAUGUCCUGGAUAAUGAAUUUGUCUUAGCUGAGGGCUACAUUUAUGGUCAUAGAUUAAUGAAAGGACACAUAAGACUCUUACAUUGUUUGUAUCCCAAAUGCCCAGCCGAAGCUACUCAAAGUAAAUUAGUGUCCUCUAGUGAGAGCAAUUACGAAGAUGAAAUAACAGUUUUAAAAUGUCACAACCAUAAGCCAGAUGAUGCCAAUGGACGAAAAAGGCAAAUGUUCUUUCAAGUAAUGAGAAAACAAAUCCAGGAUAACAAAGAUCUCAAUUUUAAGAAUUUGUACGAUAGGAUUUGUAGGCUCGAUACAUCCAUCAGAGACUUGGUCCCUUUAAAAACUGUUAUAAAUCAGCUGUGCCGAUAUGGUUCCACCAACAAUUUCCCAAAGAUUAAGUCUUUUAAGCAGCUGUAUGAACAAAUCGAGGAUGCCUGCUUUAGUAAAAUACAUUAUACUUUUUGUGGACCACAGUUUUAUCAGGAAAGAUUUAUGGACGAGAAAAACGAUGCAAUGGCGAUUGUUUUCGCCAAUACCGAAAUAAUACAGAAAUAUUCAUAUAGUAAACUUUUAUAUGUUGACGCAUCAUUUCAGGUUUUGCCCGAUUUGUUUCCAUAUAAGAUGGUUACUGUUUUGGUUUGGGUACAUGAUAAUUGUUAUCCGAUAUUGUUCGCGUUUAUCAAUAAGGAGACCCAGGAUAUUUACAAGAAAAUCUUUGGUUUCUUGUACAAUGACUUAGCCAGUGAUCUUAGACCUGACGAAAUAGUCACUAGCUUUGAAUCGUCUCUGUAUUAUGCUCUAGCAGAGACAUACGUGGAUUCGCACAUAGGUGGUGCAAUUUUUUACUAUGCCCAAAAUCUAUACAAGAAAAUUUGCUCUUUAAAUUUGGCAAAGGAGUUGGAAACUAACUCUUCGUUUCGAAACAUAUAUCACAUGUUGCUCAUGUUACCCCUUUUACCAGUUAAUACAAUUAUGGAUGGACUGAGGAAUAUUGAACAAUCGGCAGAAGACAUGAUCUUAAAUCCCAAAACUUUUAAGUUGUUUGACCAUGUCCGUAGCGAGUGGAUAUCAAAAGUGACACCAGAAUUCUUUUGUGUUCACAAUCUGGAAAACCGGAUAAACGAGAACAUAAUAGCGCCUUUUAAAAAAUUACGAGACCUGUUUAUGAUCCACAAAAAUAAGUAUACCAAGUAUCACUCGCCCAUUCUUCAAGUCAUUCAAAAAGUUAUUGACUUGGAGGUAUUUUUACGGACGGCCUAUUCCAAUUCUUCGAAAAGGUCGUUCGCUAGAGACUUGACCAGCACACAAAAAAAGACGGUUUUGAGGGCUUGGAAUUAUAUAGACAACCAUCCCAAAAUUAAUAUCAACUACUUCUUCUCGAAAGUGACUGGAUAUAUUAGGCUAAUGGAGAAUCAGGUGUGGAUUUGGGGUUUCUAUCAGUACCAAGAUCCAUUGGAUGAGGAAUUAAUUGAUGCAACUAACUUCGUGAUAGAAACGAACGAUUUAGUAGAGGAAGAUGUGGUAACUCAUGAGUCCAAUGUUGAGCUAGAUGAAUCAGAUUAUGAGUGUGCUAAAUCGACAAAUCCCAAUCAAAAAACCAAAACUAAUCAAGAUCAGCCCAUUGUAAUGGAAGCAGUAUUUGAUAAAAAUGGUCAGGUUAUAUUACAGAAAGCUUCUACAAAAAAUUCGUCAGUUGACAAUUUGGAAAAUGUUUAGUUGUAGAAAAAUAAAUGUUUUUAAUCUA